AUGGUAUUGAUAAUAUAUUUUUCGUUAGGGUUUUCUAUUGUUAGUUUAUUAAUUAUUUUAAUUCAACCGUUGAGAUUAGGAUUUAUAAUUAUAUUAGUUAGGAUUUUUAUGAGGAUUUUGAUUUCUUUUUUUAUUUAUUCUUGAUAUGGUUAUAUAUUAUUUUUGGUGUAUGUAGGUGGUUUAUUAGUAAUAUUUAUAUAUAUUAUUAGUCUUAUUCCUAAUUUGAUUUUUUUUUCUAAGGGAUUAAUUAUAUAUAUGUUGGUUGGAUUUCUUUCUUUUUUUUUGAUGAAUAUAAUUUCUAUAUAUUAUUAUUUGGAUGUUAAUAUGAGGGUAAUAAAGAUAAUGGAGGUUAAAUUUUUGAGAUUAGGUAUAUCAAGUUUAUUAAUAAGAAGAUUUAAUUUUUUUUGUUAUGUGUUUUUAGGUGUAUUAUUGUUAUUAGUUUUGGUGAGAGUUGUUAAAAUUUGUUAUUAUUGUGAGGGGCCGUUACGAGUAUUUAAAUAUAAAUAUGCUUAG